GACAUAAUAAAGCUGCGCUGCGCUCCCUGCAUCAGUUGUGAUUCGGAUUAAGAAGAGUGUGCCAAACCCACAGAAAAACUCCUGGUGAAGCGACUGAGAUACGCUAGACACACUUGUAAAGAUGGUGUCUAUUAAAGAGGAGAGUGAAGAAAUGAAGAUUGAAGAAACGUUUAGAGUGAAAUAUGAAGAUACUGAGGAACAAACAGACCUGAUGGCACUGAAAGAGGAGAGUCCAGAACUCAAUGACAUGGAGGGGAAAGAUCCGUAUGAAAAUCAUCAUGAUUUCAUGGCUGGAGAAAAAUCCACAGAGACUGAAAAGACAUCAUCACGAAAAAGACGUCGGAACAAGUCUAACAAGUAUUUCACCUGCCAUCACUGUGGAAAGAGUUUCAAUCAUCUUGGAAACCUUAAAGUUCACAUGAGAGUUCACACUGGAGAGAAGCCUUUCACCUGCAAACAGUGUAAAAAGAGUUUCACUCAAAAACAAAACCUUAAAGUCCACAUGAGGCUUCACACCGGAGAGAGCUCUUUCACAUGCCAACAGUGUGGAAAGUGUUUCACUCAAAAAGGAAACCUUACAGUCCACAUGAGAAUUCACACCGGAGAGAAGCCAUUCACUUGCAAACAGUGUGGAAAGAGUUUUACAUAUAAAAACUACUUUAAUUCCCACGUGAGCAGUCACACUGGAGAGAAGCCGUACACAUGUGAUCAGUGUGGAAAGAGUUUCACACGUAAAGCAUCUUUUAAUUACCACAUGAAGAUUCAUUCAAGAGAGAACUGUUUUGUAUGUCAUCACUGUGGAAAGAGUUUCACCUAUAAAAUAAGCCUUAAGACUCACAUGAGAGUUCAUACUGGAGAAAAGCCUUAUUCAUGCACUCAAUGCGGAAGGAGUUUCACAUAUAAAGCCUCGUUUGACUCCCACAUGAGAAGUCACUCUGGAGAGAGGCCUUACACGUGCAACAUGUGUGGGAAAGGCUUCCCACAGAAAGGAAACCUUCAGACUCACAUGAGGAUUCACACUGGAGAGAAGCCGUUCAUGUGUCUUCAGUGCAAAAAGAGUUUCAGAUAUCAAAGAGAUUUGAAACAUCAUUUGCAGACUCAUUGUGGAAAGAAAUUGCAGUGUUCUGAGGGUGGUAAGGUUAAAAAAAGGAGCCAUUUUAAAAAUCACCGGCGCACUCACCCUGGAGGAAGACAAUUUAAUUGUGAUCAGUGUAAUAAAAAAUUUCUUUUGCCAUUACACUUAGAGAUACACAUGAAAAGUCAUGCAGAUGUGAGAGCUUAUUCAUGUUCUUUGUGUGGAAAGUGUUUCAAAUGGCUUGGCCAUUUAAAAUGGCACCAGAAAAUAUGUCUCUGUGUGAAGUCAAGGCUGCAUUCAGACGUCAGCUAAAUGUGGACCAAAUCUGUCUGUCCACCUGUCCAUGACACUACUUUUAUUAGCAUCCUUCACCUUGGGGUUUUUUAUUUUCUUUUGUCAAGUACAUAUGAUCACUUGUGGCCCACCUGACUUUCUCCUUUGCUAUAGUUUCAAAUAUUCAGUGGUUGCGGGAAAUGC